CUUUCCCCUCCUCUCUUUCGUGCUCAUCUCUCCUCUCCUCGCGUGCUUUCUCUCUCCCUCUCUCUCUCUCUCUCUUCCUUCCGAGCGUGUUGAUCCGUGAGAGCGGCGGCGGAGGAGGGCCAUCAUGGCGGCGACGGGGCAGGCGGUGAAGGGGAGCGUGGUGGUGUCGCCGUGCGGGAACCGCGGCUUCCUCGGUCGGCGGAGGGGCGCCGUGGCGUCGGCGCGCAUGGCGGCGGCGCCGACGGCGUUGCGGAUCGGCAGGAGGAGCCCCUUCCUCGGCGGGAGGCUGGCGGUUGGGCCUAGGAGAUCGAGGCCCGUGCCCCGGAAUCUCGUCGCGCCGGUGCAGAUGAAUCUUGCGUUUGCGAAAGCCGUCAAGUGGUGGGAGAAAGGAGUGCAGCCCAACAUGCGGGAGGUGGAGUCCGCGCAAGACCUCGUCGACUCCUUGACCAACGCCGGCGACAGGCUCGUCGUCGUCGACUUCUUCUCCCCUGGCUGCGGCGGCUGCCGCGCCCUCCACCCCAAGAUUUGUCAGUUUGCAGAGCAGAAUCCGGAUGUGCUCUUCUUGCAGGUGAACUAUGAGGAGCACAAGUCUAUGUGCUACAGCCUGCAUGUCCAUGUUCUCCCUUUCUUCAGGUUCUACAGGGGAGCUCAGGGCCGACUCUGCAGCUUCAGCUGUACUAACGCAACUAUUAAGAAGUUCAGGGAUGCGCUUGCGAAGCAUAAACCAGAUAGAUGCAGCCUUGGCCCAACCAGGGGGCUCGAGGAGUCAGAGCUGUUGGCGUUGGCUGCCAACAAGGAUCUACAGUUCAACUACACCAAGAAACCAGAACUGGUUCCGAGCGGAGAUGCCACAGCUGCGCAGGAAGUUGCUCAUGAAAGGCCAAAGCUUUCUCCACCUGUAAAGCCGUUGGUGAAGCAGGGCUCUGAGGAGAGAUCCCUGGUCUCAUCGGGCAGAUGAUGAGAUUAGGCUGGAUGAGAUGAGAUGCUGGUCUGUAUGAUCGCAUCCCUCAAUUCUGUACAGUCUCUUGAUUGUUCUUGAUGUGUACAGGUUGUGUGCCUUAUGGUUGUUGGUUGAGUGCAGGCUUAAUAUUUUUUGAUUGUGAAGCCUGCCCACCAGUACGCUUGUAGCGUAGCAGUAGUAGCAGCAAAGUGUUGUACUAGGCAUGUAGCAAUGCCAGGGAAUUGUAUGGUAGCUGUAUGAAUUCAUCUAUAUUUUCCCUAGUUUUUAGUAA